GCCGGCGAUCGGUAGCUUGAGGAUAUAAAUAUAAUGCCUAUUAAACUGCCGCCGCAGCUCCGUCUCCUUAGCUCUUCCCGUUUCUCCACCGGAGCAUCUUUUCGGUCCUACCGGGCCUCAACUGCUUUCUGUCGGAUCUUCCCUUUCAGGCUCAAACAUCUAUGGUUGCCUCCCCGCAUCAACGGUCAGCCUGGAGUGCGGAGAUUAUCAACCCGGUCGUUUCGUCCCAGACCUGGGGCAAGCUCCGGUUUCACUCGCGGUAGCAGAGAGAAUGCUCGUGCAUCGAAAAGCCUGAUUGAGGACGAGACCGAACUCAAUGACAUGGUCGGCUACUUGAGGACCAACUCGUUCUCUGGCCGACUUACCAGCGAAGAUGAGGAUGACAAUGCAGAUAGGGCUCGCAAUAGAGCGAGGAGUAGAGACAGUGAGAGAAACAGGGGACAGGGGUCCUUGAAGAAGAGGAGAGAGAGUGAAUGGGACGAUUUUGGUGAGUCAAGUAGGAGGAAAAAUCGUAGCAACUCGGUAAACUCAUUUUCGAGGAGUUCACGUUAUGGUAAUGGGUUAGAUGGUGAACUAGAGGAUGACGACGACGACGACGACGAUGAUAAUGCGGAGAAAUUUUAUUCUCGGAAAAAGGGUUUUGCGACUAAGAGAGACAAUGGGAAUGCUAACUCAUGGAGGGGAAAGAGAAAUGAGGGGAAUUUGGAUUCGAGAAAUCUAAGGAAAGGGAGGAUGAAUUUGAGAAGAGAAGCAAAACACAGAGAGGAGGAAGAGGAUGGAGUUAGUUUUGAGGAGGAGAGAAAGAGGGUAAUGGGUGGUCUUGGGGAAUUGCUUAGCGAGGAAAGUAGUAGUGAUGUUGAUGAGGGUGAAGACGAUGAUGAUGAGGUCUUUAUGAAGAACGUCAGUUCUGCAUUUGGAUUGGAAAACAACAAUGUGAAGGGUGGACAGAGAAGUUCAGCAAGGAAAACUGACUCUUAUUUAAGCGAAACCAGAUUUGACCAGUGUUCAAUCUCUCCCUUGUCAUUAAAGGGAAUUAAAGAUGCUGGCUAUGAGAAGAUGACUGUGGUGCAAGAGGCAACUCUUCCAGUAAUACUCAAAGGUAAGGAUGUACUGGCUAAGGCCAAAACAGGCACAGGGAAAACUGUAGCAUUUUUGCUUCCAUCAAUUGAAGUUGUAGCAAAAUCACCUCCUGUUGAUCGUGAUGUAAAGCGACCCCCCAUUCUUGUGCUUGUAAUAUGCCCAACAAGAGAGCUUGCAAGUCAAGCUGCUGCAGAAGCUAAUACCUUGUUGAAGUAUCAUCCUACUAUUGGUGUCCAAGUUGUCAUGGGAGGUACAAGACUUGCUCUAGAACAAAAGCGCAUGCAAGCAAAUCCUUGCCAGAUUCUUGUCGCUACUCCUGGAAGGCUCAGAGACCAUAUUGAGAAUACUGCAGGAUUUGCAACAAGGUUGAUGGGUGUGAAAGUCCUUGUGCUCGAUGAAGCUGAUCAUCUUUUAGACAUGGGUUUCCGCAAGGACAUUGAGAAGAUAAUUGCUGCUGUCCCAAAACAAAGGCAAACACUUUUAUUCUCUGCAACGAUUCCAGAAGAGGUUCGACAAAUUUGUCAUCUUGCUUUGAAAAGAGAUCAUGAGUUUAUUAACACAGUUCAAGAAGGCAGUGAGGAGACAAAUACACAGGUCAUACAAAUGCAUUUGGUUGCUCCACUAGACAAGCAUUUUCCUCUACUGUAUGUUCUUUUAAAAGAACAUAGUGCAGAUAAUGUUGACUACAAGGUCCUUGUAUUCUGCACAACUGCUAUGGUAACAAGAAUGGUAGCUGACCUUCUCAGUGAGCUGAAACUGAAUGUUAGAGAGAUCCAUUCAAGAAAGCCUCAGAGUUAUAGAACCAGGGUUUCUGAAGAAUUCCGCAAGUCAAAAGGUCUUAUCCUUGUGACUUCUGAUGUGUCUGCUCGAGGAGUUGAUUAUCCUGAUGUAACGCUAGUUGUACAGGUGGGCUUGCCGGUUGAUAGAGAACAGUACAUACAUCGACUGGGUAGAACUGGACGUAAAGGUAAAGAAGGCCAAGGCAUUCUAUUACUAGCACCAUGGGAAGAGUUCUUUUUGUCUACCAUCAAGGAUUUGCCGAUAACAAAGGCUACUUUACCUUCAGUAGAUCCAGAGACAAAGAAAAAGGUAGAACGGGCACUUUGUCAUGUUGAGAUGAAGAACAGAGAAGCAGCAUACCAGGCGUGGCUUGGCUAUUACAAUUCCAUUAGGAAAGUUGGAGGGGAUAAGUACAGACUAGUGGAGCUUGCAAAUGAAUUCAGCAGAAGCAUGGGACUGGACAACCCUCCUGCAAUUCCAAAGCUUAUCCUUAACAAGAUGGGACUCAGGAAUAUCCCUGGUUUGCGUUCCAAAUAAGUAAAGCUCUCAAUUCAAAAUUCCUUUCCCUUCUUUGAAACAAACUUUGUUACAUUCCCAUUUCAUCUUGUCUUGUAUUUAAAUCGUUGGACUGCUUCCUAAAGGACCUAUCAUAUGCUAAAUUAAUUGCUCGUAAACUG